GGCGCCGAAGAGCCUGCUGGGAGUUCAGUGCGCAAUGGCGGCGCCCAGUCUGCGAGGUCGCCUAGCGCGGCUUGGAAACUCACAGAAACCUGUAUUGAAACCCAAUAAGCCCCUCAUUCUAGCUAACCGCGUCGGAGAACGUCGCCGGGAGAAAGGCGAGGCGACCUGUAUCACGGAGAUGUCUGUGAUGAUGGCUUGCUGGAAGCAGAAUGAAUUCCGCGAUGACGCGUGUAGAAAAGAAAUCCAGAACUUCUUCGAUUGUGCUUCAAGGGCUGAGGCAGCCCGAAAGAUGAGAUCAUUCCAGGAUACCAUGGGAGAGUCUGGAUAUUUACCCGCCAAGAAGUUGACUAAGUUGUUACAGAGGUUUCCUAACAAAUCUCAUGUCAGCUGAAGAUGGAAAAGUAUUUUCAAUCACUGGACUAUAACCUCUGAGAACUAUGGAGAGACGUUUUUAGAGACAUUUGCACUGCUCAUUUCUUUUAGAAAGGUAAAGGAGGCCAAACACUCUUCCCCCUACCCCUUUAGAAUCUUUGGAAGUAAAACUUGAUCUUGAAUAAAAUCUAAAGAGAACUUUGCCUUUUGUUGUGGGUUAGGUACUCCCUUUAUACUUGAACCCUGCAUAAAGGUUUCUAGUCCUCCCUAGACUCUGAAAGUUCCUUGCUGCAAGCAGCAGAAGAAAAACUUGCCUGCAUUUGAAGUCCUUUACACCAUGUAUUGCCCUUGUUGUAGAUACCUGAAGUCUGCCUGUAUACAUAUUUUUUUUGGCCAUCAAGUAUUUAGUAACUCCCUAUUUUGUGCAUAGAUGCUGCAAAAAGCUUCCAGAACACUCAAAAGUUCACAACCUAGUGACCCAAAGGUAUUGCAGAUGUAUUUCCUUUGGUUCAUACAGUUGAAAAUUCACUUUUAAGUUGAAAUAGGAAAAAAUGUCAUAAAAAUCCACUUUUUAGUUUUUCUUCAAAAAUGAAAAGAUCUGGCAAUAAUCAUGUAGAGCUGAUUAUCAUUUGUCUCCAUUCUCUAGGGGCCUAUCCUCUGGACUCUCCCAAAUGGUGAAAUACACUGAAUUGGCCAUCUGAUUUGUGUAUCACCUCUCCCUUCUCAUAGUUAUCUACCUGUUGCUAAAGGCAUUUCUUUUUGUGAAUCCCUGCUAUUAGAAACAAUUGUAUAGCGUUUUAUGUAUAUUCUGCCAUUUUAGGCAUAACUGAGUUAACUUUUUUUAAUAUAUCUGACAGUAUUAAAUGGACAGAGGGAUUGGGGCAGGGGAGGUUAAAACUCCAGUGGGAUAAUUAGUGAAGGAUUCUUGCUUCCUGGACUCCCCACAGCUACCUCUUAACAAAAUCCUCAUACCCCUUGAAUAGAGUCUUGGGCAAGUUGGUCUGUUUAGCUAGGGAAAGCAGCUCAGUCUCAGGCACUUUGGACUAAGGAGUUCUUUACUUAGGGUCAAUAGACUCCCAGUAAGAGGUGUGUGGUGGAUGGGGAAAAAAAUUAUAUCUUUAACUGGAGCUGAAAUUUAGCAUUUUAUUUAGGACUGUAGGUAAUAAACUGUGGUGUCAUUAGCAAUACCUACCUGAAAUCACAGUGUUUUCAUAUAUUACAGUUGGUUUCAGAUAUCUCACUUUCAUCGCUGGCUUCAAAAUUAUGGUAGUUAAUUACAUUUGCUGUUGGAUCUUUCUGUUUAAAUA